AUGGAAUUUGUUAAGUCGAAAAUAAAUCAAUAUCCGGUAUUUGUCUUUUCAAAAUCUCAUUGUCCGUAUUGCACAGCUGCAAAAAAUGUACUUAAUUCAACUGGAGUUCAAUAUGGAGUUGAAGAAAUUGAGAACAGAAGUGAUUGUUCACAGAUUCAAGAUGCACUUCAACAGAUAACUGGAGCCAGAACGGUGCCGAGGGUUUUCAUAGGUGGGAAAUGCAUUGGUGGUGGAUCGGACACACAGAGCUUGCAUCAGAAUAAUAGAUUGGUACCUCUUCUCAAAGAAGCUGGGGCUCGGUUCAACUGUUAA